AUGCCUCCCCUCGCGGCCUUGGCCCUUCUCGGGCUGCUGUCGCUGUCUGGACUGGACGCCGUCCUGCGUGUCCCAAAGAUUCAAGUGUACUCGAGACACCCGCCGGAGGAUGGGAAGCCAAAUCACCUGAACUGCUACGUGUACGGGUUCCAUCCGCCCCAGAUUGAGAUCGAGUUGCUGAGGAAUGGGGAGCGGAUGGAAUCAGAGCAGUCAGACCUGUCCUUCAGCAAGGACUGGUCUUUCUACCUGCUGUCCCACGCCGAGUUCACCCCCAACAGCGAGGACCGCUAUAGCUGCCGAGUGACUCACGUCACUUACCCACAACCCCGGGUAAUUAACUGGGGUAAGUUUUCAAGGUCUUUGGUUAACCACUGA